AUGGCGGACCCGCCGCUCGACAGCCUCGCACUUCUCGCCUCGACCGCUGCGCCAAUUACCGGUUCAGCUUUCAGUGAACCCAGCUACGCAUUCUCUGCGCCCGAACAGCACCAACCUGUUGCUUCGACCUCGAAGCAACCGUACAUUCCGCCUGCUUCCUCGGCAACAGCUUUCUUUCCCGAAUCUGCCCAGCUCCUCGAGCCGUUGCAAGCCCGAUUCUCGCCCAACGCUUCUUCCCUCUUAAAUGCGCCCGGCGGCGCCUCGCAAGGGACGCCCGAGACGACGAGUGACAGAGGACGACGCUCGUCGCCGCCUACGCUGUCAAUGACCGAACUAGCGCAGGCCAAAGAGGCAGCUCUGCAGAACUUGACGUCGAACGCCCCGCCGGCGCGAGUGCGGCAACCUGAACCUAUCGAGGUCCGCGAGUCGGAUCCCAUCGACAUGCACGUGUUGAGCGAGCUGCAGGCGGGACAACUUUUCGAGCACUAUCAUACCAGAAUGAACGCUUUCAUCAUCCUCCUCGACCCGUUCCUCCACACCGUCAACUACGUUCGAAACAACUCGACCGUGCUCUUCACCUCAAUCCUCGCCGUCUCGGCAAAGUUCCUCCGACCCGACCUCUAUCCAAUGCUCAUCUCCUCCGCAAGGCAUCUCACCGGGCGCGCGAUCAUCGACGGCAAGGUCUCGCUCGGUCUGAUCCAGUCAAUCCUCCUGCAAGUGUAUUGGAAAGAGCCUGAAGACCGCACGGCGUGGUUGCGGAUCGGCGAGGCAAUUCGGAUGGGCUUUCAGCUUCACCUUCACGACUACCGAACGACGCCGCUUCCAGACGACGAGACCGAAGCGCGGCAGACGAUGGACCGCGAGCGAACGUGGAUAGAUCUCUGCGCCUUCGACCAGACUUUCUUCCUGCAAGGGAGCGCCGAGGAUGACGCAUAUCACCAGGCGAACAUGCAUGAUCCCGUAUUUUCGGUGCCAGCCUGGCUCGAAGAGACGAAGCGAUACGGUGUCGUCGACGACUUGGAACAAGGCGCAGAUUUCGAGUGGAUGAAGGUGCAGCGUUUGAGCAAAGACAUCGCUCGCGCUCCUGCCGCUAGUGCAAGAUCGAUCGCCCAGCACGUCCAAGGCUUGCUCGACGCCUCUUACGCUCGCUACCUUGAAUCUUCAUCUUCGGACGCGUUCGCCGUCGGCAGCCGGUCCUGGAUUCGAGUCAACUUUUGGCUCUCAGCGGCCUCUCUCGCCUUUGCGCGAGCGAUGCUCACGGCCGUCGGUACUGACAGCGACUGGACGGCGAAGUGGCUUCUCGCUUCGAGCGCCUUUGUCGACGCUUUCGAGAUCGUCGCAAAGCACGGCUACAUCGCGUACUGGCAGGACACACUCGGUAUUACGCUCUUCACGAUGGGCGAGUUCUGCCUCAAGAUAUUCGCAAAGCUCUAUCCCGGUGAUCAGCACGCUAUCUUGGGCUGGAUGGAACGAAUUUAUCGUGCCUGUGAAGCAGCCUCAAGCGAUACGAACUCAACCGCAGCCUUCAUCUGUCGCUUUUUCCAGUCGUGCAUCCGCGUCGUCUGCUCGCCUCCGGCUUCGACCGACACAGAAGGAUCCGGCGCAGUCGCUGCAGGCGUCGCAGUUAUGCCUCCGCCGCCCGCACCCGCACAGUCGCACGACGGGUUGUUCGCAAAGCAUGCCGCCUUCUCGAUCGGCGACAACCUCGACUCGUCGUACUGGGAAUCGCUCUUGCCCGGCAUGACAACGGACUGGAGCUGGCUUGAGCAACCCAUGGAGGACCUGGUGCAGACCUGA